AUGCCUCGCGCACCACGCAGAACCGCACACCACGACCGUGAGGGCGCAACCACCACACCCACCAGACCCAUGGCUACAAAUGCAAUCACAGCUGCAAUCCCACCCUUCAUGCUAGAGACUCCUCCCCAUGCGGCCUUCUUGACGACACCGGGACAACCAACCCAUAAUCCCGGCCAGGCGAUUCUGCCCGACACCAACACUGGUCGUCGUCAAGUGCCAGUCCAGCAGACGCCCCUUGUGAAUGGAAAUGCGGAAGAUGACGGACCGGGUGGUUCACAGGCCUCACAACACGCAUUAGCACCAGCGACUUCAGAGACGGGUCACGCAGAGGAGCAGUCAUACUUAGAGUCGGCACAUCAUGAUGCCGAGGAUACAAAACAACUAAGGGGAUUGCGAGAUAUCUCUUCCUUGGCUACGUGGACACUGUCUUCGGCAAAGCCUGGUUGCGCUCUGGCGCAGUUGCGAAAUCCCAAUCCGGCGCUGUUCUGGCAAAGUGACGGACCACAACCUCAUACUCUGACCCUCCAUUUUUUCAAGUUGGUGGCUAUCGUGAAGCUCAGGAUCUACCUUGACUUUGAGUUGGACGAGUCAUAUACGCCUACGAAGAUGAAGUUCUUUGCGGGGAUGUCUGAGGGCGGUUUGGUGGAAUUCGGAUCUUGGGAGGUCACAGAGACGGUUGACCCGGAAACGGGAGAGACUCACAGCAGCAUCGAGGGCAUUCGAGGAUGGAUCGAUGUUCCCUUGAAGGGUGUUGGCGGGAGAGAGACUCGUUAUCAUGAGAUUGGCGAUUACAGCGAAAAUGGGAUCGAAAAUGCGUUGGGUUCAAGACAGACGAGUGAAGGAGCUGAAAGUGGAGGAGAUGUUCUCAAAGCAAUGGUGGUACAGAUUCGAAUAUGCGAGAAUCAUCAGAACGGCAAGGAUACUCACGUGCGUGGGUUCCAGGUAUUUUCACGUGAUACGACGAUUGCUGGAGAAUUAAGCACUCUUCGCAAGAAGAAGAAGCAGGUCAAAGACUCGAGUCAAGAAGAUGAUGAUGGUGGGAAGAUGGUCAAGUUGCAGCCUCCGGAUUGGAUGGGUGAUCCAGAAAUUCGGUAG